AUGCGCAUAGAAGACAUGAUUACCACGGGCACUCUACGAUCCUAUGGUGAUCAGAGUCCUGUCAAAAAAAUGCUACAUGCUCCAACCAUGAAACUUUAUGUUGUUAAAGAAGAACCUUUGCACAACAAGGAAAUUCGUAAAAACUUAAAAGACUGGAUCUCCUUUUGGUAGAACAAAUUUGCCAAUUCAAAUUUGCAUGUUCAAGUCUACGCUACCUUUUGGAACACACCUGAAGGUUACGUAUCCAUUGUAAUGGAAUAUAUGAAUGGUGGUUCAUUAUAAAAUCUUCUUGAAAGCAUGGGCUUCCUUCCAGAGAGAAGUAUCAAGUAGCUUGUACCACCUAUCCUCUAAGGAUUACAAAAAAUUCAUUAGCAAGGAGCCUAAUGUCAUGGGGCUCUUGGACCAUCACAAAUACUCUUCCUUAGAGAUGGCACUGUUAAAUUAGGUCAAGGCUUGCAAUACAGAGUUUAAGUCCAAGGAAAUCAGCUCUUUAAUUCUUACAUCCUUGGGAAACCUAAAGAUGUUCAAAGUCUUUAUGAUCCAACAAUUCUAGAAACCCCUUCCCUCUGGAGCAAAGCAUCAAGCGAGAAAGUCCAUUUCCCUGCACAAGAAGAUUUCAUUCUUGAGAGAGCCAAUGACAUUUGGAAAUUAGGCUGGCUAGUAUUGAAUUGUGCUAUCGGAACACUUGAAUUCCAUCCCAAAGCCUAACAAAUCUAUGAAGGAUCGAGAAUCAUCAUUGAAGAAAUUGCAAAAUAUACCGAUCACCUCAAAGAUACUUGUUGCUUACUCCAUAGUGAAUCGAAAGUCAUUUCAUUAGUUGAAUAGAAUCAAAAGAUAGUAUCUGAACCUACCAAAAUUACAAUUCUAGAAUUACUUCCAUCUGAUAAAUUCAGUCCAGAAUUUAUUCAAUUUUUAUGUUCAACCCUUAAAAUAGAUCCAAGACAGAGACAAUACACUGAAUAAUUAUUGCAACACCCAUGGCUAGUAAGUGGUAGAGAUCCCAAAGGUAUAGGCUCUCAUUUUAUUCUGAUAGGACCCAAUGUACAACUAAAAGAACUGCUUAACAUCUCCAAUGCUUGGAAUGCAUUUCUGCCAGAAGAGUUUUAAGGCCAAGGAGCUUAGAAAUUGGAAAGACUCUGUGAUGCACUAUACCUUGUCUUACAAAAUUCAGAACGACCUACUGUCAAUAAGAUGUAAUUACAAGAAAACAGCCCUAUUAUUAAAGAAUUAUCCUAUGAUAUGGGUCUUAAUGCCAAGGCUGUGAGUGAUCGAAUUAUGUCAAUUUUCCAAUCCUUAAUCUGA